CCAAACCCUUCAUUCACAUUUCUUUGCUCCGACAAAAAAAUGUCCGACGUACCCUCUGUACUCUUCCAUGAAAUACUCCGCCGCCUCCCCGCCGAGUCUCUCCUCCGCUUUCGUGCCGUCUGCAAGGGGUGGCGCCGCCUCAUCGACCACCCAUCCUUCAUCAGAACCCACGCCUCCAAUCAAUCUUCCUCCACCACUCUCCUCAUCAGAAACUCAAUCGGCACUCGCUUUUGUUCUCUAACUCUGGAUUCCCUAAAUUACAAAGACGCCGAACAAACGAUUGAUGUAACCCCCGUCAAGGCGGUGUAUUGCACCGGCGUGCCACGCGCCACCGCUCUGCCGGUGCCCUCUUGCAACGGUCUGAUUCUCAACUCCCAUUACAGAACCAACAAGACGUGGGUCAUAUGGAACCCGUUAACCCGGACUUUCCACGAGCUGCCCGAACCGGAUAUCGAAACGGGCCUAAUGGGUAGCGGGAUCGGGUAUGAUUCCGCUUCCGACGACUACAAAGUUGUGAGGAUAGAUCGGCUGUUCCGUCACGGUAAAUCCGUAUACCAAACUAGUGUUUACAGUCUAAAAAUGGAGUCUUGGAGGAUAAUUAAGGAUUGCCCGUACGAUAUUUCCUGGGUGGGGCCCACUAGGGGUAUUUUUCUCGGCGGCGCAAUCCACUGGCUAUCGCUGCACGACAUUAUAAUUGCCCUUGAUCUUGAAACUGAAGAGUACAGAGAAUUUUCAAUGCCCGUUUUACCCCCGAAUUCGAAAGAACUGUUCGAGACUCGGUUAGACGUGUUGGGUGGGUGCUUGGUUAUGAGUUUCUACUACUUGAUUCCUCGAAUGGAGGGAUGGAUGAUGAAAGAUUACGGAGAUGAGAAAUCGUGGGUGAAGCUGUUUUCGUUCGGGGGAAUAGGUAGUAUCGGUAUUAGACUGAAGCCUCUUGCUUAUUUCAAGAACAAAGGUCGAGUUUUUAUGCAGCGCGACGAGGAAUUUUUUUGGUUGGAUAUUAAGAAUCAUUCGGCGAAGAAGGUUGUUAUUCACGGGCUGCCGGAUGAUUUCACGUCUCAAAUCAUGCCGGGGAGUCUUUUUCGGCUCGAUGAAAGUUGUGCCGCUGCGGUGAAAAUCACAGCAGGGAUGAAGAGGAAGAGGAAGACGACGAAGAACAAGGCCGAUGCAAGGGUGGAGCAUUCUGUAAGUAUAACCGAUAUUCGGAGUCGGGUGGAGCAUUCUGUAAGUAUAGCCGAUAUUCCGAGUCGUUCAGAUUCAACUUCAAAAGCAAAUUGGUCCAGUAAUUAUUGAUUAGUACUUUGAGCAACGUGUUUUUGGUGAAAGUAAUGGACGUGUGGAAGACGACACUCGAGAAAUGACGGCCUUUUGUAGGGAUAAAUAUGUAAUUAUCUACUAACUUUGUUGGUUAUGAAUGUAAGUGAUCUUAACAAUUAUUCCACGUUCUUGCUCAUUUAAGUAACGGAAUGUUUCGUUCGUCUAUUACUCUUGUUCCAUCUAUUCCUUUUUUUUUUUAGUGUUUUGUUAUAUUUAAUAAAAUUUAUAAUUUCGACACCUCAUCUUAUUUCGAGUUAAAACCUUGUUCUUCGCCCGGUUUUCCGGUUCCAUUGAUUCUUGCCGGUCGGACCGGCCAGUUCGGUCCGGUUUUGACAACCAUGAUUAAAACAUAAACACCUCACUAUUUUUCAAAAUGGAAGCCAACUUGGCCAAAACAUUUGAUGCGUCAUUCACUUCCUUCUAACGAAAAUGCAGCUCUAGGUUUGCGAAUUCAA